CUGUCCGUCAGCGCUUAUUCCUGACACACUGAUGGGAUGCUGACGGCGUAGGGCGGGCGCAGCUAAGAAAAUUAUAAGGUCAUUUGAAUUACGCUUGCUAGCGAGCUUAUCGGCUACAAUGAACCCUGAAAUUAUAUCAGUGAUUGUGACAAUGAACGGAUGAUGAUCACAGGGUCAAAGUCGAAGCGCGCAGCCAGGUGAAUUUGACAGCCGACCCACCGGAGGAGAGGAGCAGCAGCAGCCCGUUGUGGCAUUAACAACAGGAGGGGAUCCCGGUGCGUGUGUCGGUCUCUCGGUGCGUUUCUGUGAGCCUCUGUCAAGCCAAGUCGAGCGGCGGUGUGGAACGGAGGGGGCGACCAGGCUAGCCUGUAAGCCGAUCAAAGCGGAAUCGCACACAACGAGUUUCACGUCUAGGAUUUUCUGCGCACCUACAUGCUGUGACGGUGUGAACAAGGUGCAAGGAUGAUGCGUCUGGCGUGUUGUACGGCUCUGCUGUUUGUAUUGAGGCUGCUGAUUGGCUUGCCUUGGUACCAGGUCCUCCCAGCCAUCCUGAUCUUCUACCUGGGAAGCGGAGGAUGGAGCUCUCUGCGGAUCUUUGUCAAAACAGUCGGCAGAGACUUACAUGCGGCACAUGUGUUAUUGCGGGUGAAGAUGAAUGUCAGACGCCACCUGAAAGAGAAGAACACAGUUCCCAAGAUCUUUGCAGAAACAGUGCGGCGCUACGGGGACAAAACAGCGCUGAUAUUCGAGGGGACUGGGGAGAGGUGGACCUUUCGACAGCUGGAUGAAUACUCCAACAGAGUGGCUAACCUGCUGCUGGAACGGGGUUUCAAGGACGGUGAUGUGGUGGCCCUUUUCAUGGAGAACAGGUCCCAGUAUGUGGGCCUCUGGCUCGGCAUGGCUAAGAUUGGAGUAGAGGCCGCACUAAUCAACUUCAACUUGAGACUAGAGGCCUUGGUGCACUGUGUCACCAUCUCCAAUGCCAAGGCUGUGGUAUUUGGCUCGGAGCUGGCUGAUGCGGUGUGUGAGAUCCACAGUUCAAUGGGGAAGGCAGUGCAGAUGUUUUGCUCUGGAGACUGGGAUCCCAAACGAGUCCCACAGGGAACAGAGUGCCUAGAGCCCCUGGUGGCUGCUGCCCCGUCUCACCUGCCAAGGCUGCCUCAACACGCCUUCACAGAUCGCCUCUUUUACAUCUACACGUCAGGAACCACUGGGAUGCCUAAAGCUGCUAUUGUUGUGCACAGCAGGUACUACCGCAUGGCAGCCUUGGUAUAUUAUGGCUUUAGGAUGAAGUCAGAUGAUGUCUUGUAUGAUUGCCUUCCGCUCUACCACUCUGCAGGUAACAUCGUGGGAGUGGGCCAGUGUAUAAUACACGGCAUGACUGUAGUCAUCAGAAAGAAGUUCUCUGCAUCGCGUUUCUGGGACGACUGCGUUAAAUACAACUGCACUAUUGUGCAGUACAUUGGUGAGAUCUGCAGGUACCUGCUGAACCAGCCAAUUCGGGACAUGGAGCGUCAACAUCGGGUGCGCAUGGCACUGGGCAACGGUCUGCGCCAGUCCAUAUGGGAGGAGUUCAUGAACCGCUUUAAUAUUCCUCAGAUCGCAGAGUUCUACGGAGCCACAGAGUGUAACUGCAGCCUGGGCAACUUUGAUAACAAGAUUGGAGCAUGUGGCUUCAACAGUCAGAUUCUACCCUUCAUCUACCCCAUCAGACUGGUGAGGGUCGAUGAAGAGACCAUGGAGCUCAUUAGGGGACCUGAUGGCGUCUGUAUUCCCUGUAAACCUGGCGAGCCUGGCCAACUAGUUGGCAGGAUCAUUCAGAACGACCCUCUUCGGAGGUUUGACGGUUAUGUCAACCAAUCGGCGACCAGCAAGAAGAUUGCUCAUAGUGUCUUCAAGAAGGGAGACAAUGCCUAUCUCUCUGGUGACGUGUUGAUCAUGGAUGAGUAUGGACACAUGUACUUCAAGGACCGCACAGGAGACACUUUCCGCUGGAAAGGAGAGAACGUCUCAACAACCGAGGUGGAGGGGACUCUCAGCAGGCUGCUAGACAUGAAAGAUGUAGUUGUCUAUGGAGUAGAAGUACCAGGAGCAGAAGGAAAGGCUGGAAUGGCAGCCAUUGCUGAUCCAUCUCACUCCACUGACCUGGAGAAGUUUGUGAAGGACAUGGAGAAGGCGCUCCCUCCAUAUGCUAGACCUGUGUUCCUUCGCUUCCUUCCAGAGGUCAACAAGACCGGCACAUUUAAGUUUCAGAAGACGGAGUUGCGUCGGGACGGCUUCGACCCCAGUGUGGUGUCAGACAGACUGUACUUCCUGGAUUCCAGCAGAGGGCGCUAUAUGCAGCUGGACGAGGAGUUUUACCGCUCCAUACUGUCAGGGAAGCACAAAUUGUGAUGACCAGGCUGACCACUACAUGCACACAUAAACACACAUUCACAUUCAUACGCGCACACACACAUGGAAAAGAAGAUAAAAUUGUGUGACCAGGAUAGCAGAAUGCAGGACCUGCUUCCCAUAGACAUAAAUGCAUAUAAAGUAAUAGCCAUACACACACCAUGAACCCAGAUUCCAAUGCCAACACAAUUACACAUAUAACCACAUACAUAUUGUAUUCACAAAACCACUUUGCUCUUUAAAAUCCCAAAAAACAAGACUUAUGCACGGCAAACACACACACACACACACACAGCACCAUUCAUCCAUCCCUCCUGCAAUCUCCCCGGCAACUCCUCUCGCUACCUCAGCAAACACAGAGAGAGGCACAAACCUAGUAACCAGGUCUAUAUGGUAACUUGAAACAUCACAACACAAUCCCUACCAGUCAGUACCAGACUCUCAAACAUCUCCGCCUAACCAUCCUGGUCCAUCAAACCAGAUGUGUUGUUGGGGGACACAAGUAGAAGGGAUGCAGCAGAAUGCAAAGACUUAAAAACGACAGGUAAACACAGACUUACAGGAUGCUCAGGAGGAGCACUGAUUCAGUACAAAAAGCGUGUUGGACGACGAAGGGACUGUGAGGACCUAAACUGUCUCCGGGUUCGUUAUUUUGUCAACGUGAUUGCUUUGUGAAAGACUUCAGCUCAUACCGUCAUCAUCACCUGCACAGUUACCCAGCAGUGACAAACCUGUGUGACAGCUACAGCUUUUCUCUACCACAUCUCUUUGAGAUUGACUCCCUCUCUGGUCACCUUGUCUUUGUUUCCAACCUUGCUCUAUAGAGCUCAAGAUAAAAAUGAGGAAAUACAUAAAGGUUUUUUUUUUUGUUUUUUUUUUUAAAUUCGAAAAGGGAACGUCGUAAAUAUGUGAGGGAUUUUAGAAAGCCUUUGACAUGUAAUCCACCAUCACAGAGGUUAACUUAGACCAGUGGUUGAAGCUGAAAGAUUCACUGAAGUGCAAUAGGGCUCCAGCUUUGCAGUGCAAUAAUCAGCCGCACCACGUGACUGCUGAUAUAAAAAGCUUUGUAUUUAGUCUGCAUCACACCAAAUAUAAUUAAGUUGUAUUGUAUUUUUUUUUUUUUUUUACAUAUUUAAGAAAAUUUUAGCAAUUCAUAUUGUGCAAACUUUCUCUUUUGUUAGAGUAUAAUAUAUCGGGUUUUUGCUUUAUGUGUAUCCAAAUAUGUGCUUCAGUAACUUUCGGAGUCCUCAAAAACAAAGCUGCUGUAUACAUUUUAUAUCAGCUGCUGGAGCACCAAGUCAAGUGAUCUAACUGAUUCAACCUUGGGCUAAAUGUAGGGGGUAUUUCCACCAACAGAAGUUGUCCACAUACUGACAUGCAGGGUGUUUGUGUGGCUGUAUUGUCCUGAAAGGUAGACUUUGCCUGUUGUAGGGUGUGUGUGUGUGUGUGUGUGUGUAUAUAUUCUAGUGAAACAUAUGAAGAGGACUUGACUGAAGAAAGAGAAGCACCGAACUGCCCGAUCGGGUGUGGACUCAUGUUUCCAACAAUAUUUUGGUGCUAAAGAGGGAUGUUCUGUCAGAUUCAUGAUAACCAAAAGAUCCAAAGAUUCAAAGGUGGGAGUAGGGACAUUAUUGUGGAGGGCAAGCGCAGAAAUAGAGCAGCAGAAGAAGAGGAAAUCAAAUGCUUUGUCAUUUAUGUUUUGUUUGUUGCUUGCAGUAGCUGUCAUCAGAGAUUGUAGCAGCAUGAAUGAGCAUCAUCAAACACAAGCAGAGCACUGUGCCUUACUGUGAGUUCACCUCCCAGAUUCACAGGCCCUGGCCCACACAUAGUGUCUCAUGUUGUUCCUUAUGUUGGACUCUUUUACCUUCACUUAACUUCUGUCUACCAUAAUCUUAUUUAGCUGUUCCCUGUUGUAGUAGCCUGACAAGUUGGACCAAAUCUGAAAAUGAUCUACAUCCACAGCAGCCCAGUGACCGGCCCCUUCAUUUUGCCAGGUGCAGGGGGAGCUUGUGUUGGUGUCUCACUGGGCAAGAGUCCAUAAUUUUUUGACACUGCUGUCUUAUGAUAUCUGAGGACUCUAUCCUCCUUACUUCCUCUUCUAUGAAUCUCUUCUGGUCUUUCCUUAGUCUGAACUGUAAGCUUACUUUGUCUCCUAGCAGUCUUACUUGUUUAUUUCUUUGGUGGUUCUCCCAAGUUCAGUUUGCUCAGCACCUUUACACCAAGCCUUUAUGAACACUCUGCCAAGCUCCCCAGUCCUUUCCAUUAGUCUGUGUCCAUCCUCUUCCCUCUUCCCCCUCUCUGUCUGUGGCCCUCCAUCCCUUUGAGCUGGCCCCUCGUCCUCGCACCGGAGCCUCUUUCUCUGCCAUGUCUGCAUCAUCUUGCUGUGCUUAUGUUGAUUCAGACAAUGGUGUAAACCAUUUGAAUGCGUUUCAGAUUGGAGUUCAUUCGGUGGUUUCUUCAGGAGGUGUGGUGACAUAAAGCUCCAACUACAAACUGAAAACUUUUCAGAUAUCCUUUGCCGAUGUGUGUUGUGCGUGUAGUCUGUCAUUACCUUGUGACUCUUUGUCUUACCUUUGCAACUGACCACUUGCUGAGUCACCUACGGCACAGCCAGGCUGGCCGUCAUCAACAGUGGUUGUGUAACGAGUCAUGUGAGGACUGGCUGUAGUGCAGAGGACUUAAUAUUCUUCAGUCUUCAGUCGGCUGCUUUGUUGUCUGCAGACUGUUUUCAGUACGUUGUUCUUUAGUCGUCAAGGUUGACCUUGACAGCUGCAGUCUGCUGACAGUGAUUGUCAAAGUCUUCUCCCUGUUAGGGGAGACCAACAAAACCGGCAGAAAUUGAGAUUUCAUCCGCAUUUCCCCUGCGGUCUUACUUCAAAGAAUUCCUCUCUCACCUGUAUUUAUUCUUUAAUGAUGAGUGUGAAAUGUUCUCAUGAACGUGACCAGUGAUGAUGAUGAUGAUGUCGUAAAGGAACAUGUGAUUUGUGCAUCUAAGGGAACAGUUUGGCUGUCAUGAUGCUUGUGACUGAGGGUUGCACUUGUUGACCCAGACUGAACAGCCCCACUUCAGAUCACUCUGAAUAAGAUGUUUUCACUUUUUUUUUUAAAAAACAAAACAAAAAAAACAUUACUUUAAAUUAUUAUUUUUGAGGGAACUGUUAAUUCUACUUGUGCUUAUGAUUCUUUGAUAAAUGUGUUUGCUUUUGUUUCCUUUGUGUGAAAUCAUAGCUAUGUGAUUUUUGGUAUAAAAGUGUGAUUUGUGCAUGAGUGUGAGACAAUCGAAUGGCAGUUUUGGUUUUUGUUUUGGUUUUUUUAUUUAAAUUUUAUCAAAGGCAUUAGGAAGCAGCCAGGGAGCAGCAUCUUGUGGAUCACACUGGUUAAACAUGUCAACCUGGAGUCCGUUUGCUUUUUCCCGGCUACAUACAUAAAAGUCAGGUGUAAAACCUCAAGCAGCUGAAGGCCUGCAGGGAGUGACAUGUCUAUGGGACAGGGUGUGUUGAGGUUUUGAGACACCUAUUUGGCCACAGGGGGGCAGUGUGUCCUCACAAAGACACGCAAACACAAGUUGCUAUGCCAUCAUUGUAUUUUACCAUCUUUGGAUGACUAAUGAAAGGAUCUAAUAACUAGAUUUGGUUUAGAUAGAAAUUUAUUGGUGAAAAUGAAACAUCACAUGACAUUUGUGUGUCAGAAUGUUUUUCUUCAUUUGCAAACCAAAUUUGGCACUGAUUUGUAUGUUUAAAUUGUCCUGUGGAUAUUACAAAUUACCAUUCUACAGGUCCACAGCAUAUUUUCACGUUAUUAUUUGACUGAUGAAACUGAUUUAAUGCCAACUCUUAAUACAACUGUGACUGGCUACCAGCUUAUAUUGAGAUCAGUCACAAUAAUCAAUCCCUGCAAAAAAACAAAACAAAAGGCAAGUCACCUCUGUGGUCACAGAUCAGUCUGCAGUUUUGUGGAAAUCAUAACACACCAGGAAGACCACAACCCUCGCUGAUCAGGAGUGUUUUAUCACUGUCCCUCAUGGCUCCGAUCAACUUUUGCACUUUUUAUGUUAUUGAGUUUUUCCCCUGUCGCGGUCCUCAGGAAUGUGGAGCAGUGCUACAGAAGGAAACCAGUUUUCACGACUGCGUGUGUGCGUGUGACCUUUUUUUUUCGUUUUGUUUGUUUGUUUUUUUUAAAUUUCAGUUAUUUUAAUUUCUUGUCUCGUUGCACAGGUGGCAGCUCUCAUUUUGUGCAGUGUGUAGGGGAGGUCUGUGAGGUGUGUUGCGUGUGUGAGACAGACACACUGAUGUCCUCUUGUCCACUGAAGCCUAGCUGUAUACAUCAUGCAUUUCAAGAAAAUGAGACAAAAAAAAUAGUGCUGCAAAUGGAAAAUCAUUAUUAAUAAAAACUAUUUAAAUUGUUCA